AAUCUAUGCAACGACACUGUAUUAAUGAUCAUUGUAUCUAGCCGUCCCACUCUGCGAGACUCAAUUCUCUUGGGCCGCUAGUCGUUUUGAAGCUCGCGUGAAUCACCGAUCUUGUUCAAUUCGAUAGCAAACAUGGCAACGAGGUGACGAGGUGCUAAGGUAGUGCGGUCUGAGGCGGCGACUUGACAACUUCGUCUCGGGCCGCAAUCGGCUUACAGCCCUUCCUUCAGUACAGGCCAAUUAAAAAAUGUCAGCUGCCCGUCUUAUCUCGCGGCAAGGCUGGCAGAUGGGGCCUUGCGCUGCAGAGCGGCCGCGGUGGGAAGCCCAGCCGUCGGCGCCGCUAGCCGCGGUGAGCCAGGCACGCUCUCGCGCCGCUGCUUUACUCGUGGCCCGCGCGGAGGCUGCCAGCAGCGCAGGCACCGCGCCGGUGCGACAGCCGCCGCUGCCCGCGCAGGGAGCGGCGCAGGCCUCGGCUGGCGCCGCCGCAUCUCUAGCCACAGCGUCGGAACUGCUCGGCGCCAUCCAGCGCUGCGCUUCGGUGGCUGAGCUGCGCGGGGCGCUGCAGCGGGGCCAGGCGGCGGGCUGCCUAACCAACGCGCAUUGCAUCGCCAUGCUAGCACGGCUCGUUGCCCUGACACAGGCCCAGACUCAGACGCCCGCUGCCGAUAGCGGCUCGGCAACCGCCGGCGCUUCACCGGCGGCUGCACCGCAGCGGCGCGUGCCGAAGGAGGCACGGCAGCUGGGUCAAGAACUGUGGCGGCGGCUGCAGCCGCACCGGGCUGCGCUGUCGCCGGCGCUACAGGCGGCCCUUGACCAGGCGCAGGCGGCGCUGCAACUGGGAGAGCAGAGCCAGCGACCGCAGGCACGGCCAAAGAAUAUGGCGCAAGGAGCAGGGCAAGUGACUGGGCCGCUGCAAGCACAGGCACCGCGGCAACAGCAGCAGCGGCAGGCGCAGGGGCAGGGCCAGGGGCAGAGCCAAGUGCAGGAGCUAGGGCAGGGGCAUGUGAUAAAGCAUAAGACGCAGGCUCAAACGGCGCAGCCUGCGGGGAAGACGCACCCUGGACGUCGCGCAGCAAAUGGAGCGGGUUCACGAAGCAGCCCGCCCCAGGCGGCUGCCGCGCCGGCAGCAGCGGCUGCGCACCCCAGCGGUGGCGCCCAGGUCCGGAGCGAGCAGGCUCAGUAUGAACAACAACAAGAGCUAAAGACGCAGGCAGGACCAGGACCAGCUGCGCCGCCGUCUACGCAAACCGCUGACGUGCCAGGUGCAACAGCUGCAGUUGCAGCAGGUGCAGCCGCGACCAUGGCCUCCGCAAGCCCAUUGCAGGAUGACGCGUCCCCGCUGACAACGGCGCUGCAGCUAGGCUGGCAGGUGCUGCAACAGCGGCAGCAAGAAGGGCCGCGGCCAGCCUCCAGCUCCGGGGAUGGGGGCGUCGCCGUCAGCAGCGUUGACCUGAAUGCUCUGGAGGAGACGCUGCAGACGCAGCCGGCAGCGUCCAUGGCGCUGAGUGAUAUUGCCGAGGUGCUACAGCUGCUGGGCGCGCUGCGGCUGAUGCCGCGACACGAGUGGCUGUGCGGCGCGCGCGACACGCUGCGCGCCGCCGUGAUGGAGGCGGAGGCGCAGGUCGCGGAGGCGCGAACGGAGGGCGGGCAGCCGGGUGCCGGCGUGCGGGCUGUGGCCGAGGGGGCUGAGGUGAUGCUGCGGCAGGCCGACCUCAGUGCGCUGUUGGAGGCGGUGGAGGAGUUGAUGGCGCUGUGCUGGGAGGCCGACGCCGGCAGCAGGCACACGCCGCCACAGCCGGCCAGCGGAACCGGAAGCGGUCAGGAGCAGGGCCAGGGCCAGGGCCACGGGCAGGGGCAGGAGCAGGGGGUGGGGCCGCCGGUCCCACAGGAGUCCGUAGCGGCUGUGGGGGCAGAAGGGCCGCAAGGUGGCGCUUUGGCAUGCGAGCAGGCAGUGCACGGCCCUGCGGGCGCGGCGGUGGCAUCUGAGGCCAGCCCCCCUGCCUCACCGGAGCCGGAGACCGCGGCCAGCACCAGCGCGACUGCAAAGGCAGGUGCCAGCAGCGAACCAGCCGGUGGAAUUCUCGGGGCUGCGGCGCACGAGUCGGCGGCCGCACAGCCGCAGCACCAAGAGGAGCCUCUGUGGGAGGAGCCAGCGCCGGAGGAGCCAGUGGCGGCGUUGCGGCGGCUGCAGGCGCUGAUGCAGGCGGCACGGCGGGCCGCCGGUGGCGCUGCCGGGCCGGUGCUGACAGGCUGCCUCGCGGAUGACGGUGAUGACGCGGCGGCAGCACUGAAUGACCUGCAGCAGUUGCUGGAGCGGGAGGCUGCGGCGGCGCUGCUGCUGCCUGCGCAGCCACAGCCGCAGCUGCAAGUGCGGGAGCAGGAGGUGGCUGCGACGGCGCACAAGGCCGUGCGGGCGCCGGCGCUGACGCCGCUGCGCCUGGCGUGCAUGCUGGACGCGGCCAGGGCGCUGCAGCCGCAGCUGUCGGCGGCACUGCUUGCGCCUGCGGCUCGGCUGAUGGUCAGCUUAGUCCGGGGUAGUGCCGAAGAUGAGCCCGGGGCGGCGGGUACGGGCCCUGCGCAAGAGCAUGUUGCAGCGCUGCUAUCCGCGUGUGUCGCGGCGCGCUACGUGCCGCCAGUACACCUGCUGGACAAGCUCGCGGCUCUGGCCUUCGCCGCUCAACAGCCGUCGCCACAGCAGCGGCGGACAGGCGCGUACGUGCGCGCGCUGCACGAGUGCGGGGCGGGCCUCAGCCGGCUGGGCCACCGCCUUAACGCGCAGCGCUUCAGCGCCUGGGCCGACGCCGCGGCGGCGGCGCCGCGCCAGCUGAGCGUCCGGCAGUUGCUACAGCUCAUGUCGGCAUGCCUGGAGCGCCGCGCACUCCUCCGCACCGAUGCGGCCGCUGCCGGGGCUGCCGCCGGAGGCGGCACCGGCGCGUUGGCUGCGGUAGUGGAGGUGCCGUCGCGGCUGGCGCAGCUGUCGGCGGCCGAGGCGGCGACGACGGUGGCCGCGUUCGCGGAGCAGCAGGGCGUGCGGCUCAGUGCUGACGGCGCCGCGGCGCUGCUGUGUCACCUCACACCGCGCCUGACGCAGCUACAGCCGGGUCAGCUGGCGGUGCUGCUGCCGGCACUGAGCGCCGCCGGCGCGCUCGGCGCCGCGGCCCCGGACGCCGCCGCCGCGGAUGCGUUCCUAGCGGCGCACUCGUCGGCGCUGCUGCCGUCCGCGGAGCUGCUACAGCCUGCGGAGGAGCUGCUGCCGCUGCUGCGCGCCUACGCCGGACUGCAGUACCGCCCGCCGCCGCUGCUGCUGCUGGGGCUGGCGCUGGGGCUGGAGGGCGCGCUGGCAUCGUCGCCGCUGCCGGCGGUCUUGGCAUCGCUGCACCUGCUGCUGUGCCGGCUGCGCAUGUUGCCCAACGAGGGCCUCGCCACGGCUGUUCGCGACGACCUGCUGCCGCGACUCAUGGUCGCCGCCACCGCGGCACCAUCUCCGGUCGCGCCACAGCAGGGCGCCGCCGCGGGUGCGGCAUCCGCCACCUCCGCGGCGCCUUCAUCAGGCACUGCGUCGUCCGCGUCAGCCACGGCGUCGCCGGCCGGCCUGACGACAGCUCAGAAGCUGAAGGCGCUGGAUGUGCUGGUGGCGGCGCGCGUGCGGCCGCAUCCCGCCCAGCUGGCGGCGCUGUUGGACGUGGGGAUGACGCUGACGGCGACCGGCAGCAGCAGCGGCAGCCGCCUGGCUGGCCUGAGCGGCCGACAGCUGACGCGUCUGCUGUGGCUGUGCGUGGCCUUCCGCGCGCUCCCCUCCUGGCGCUUUGUGGGCGAGUGGCUUCAGGCGGCGGCGGUGGUGCUGCGACAGGCCGCGGACGCCACGCCCGCGCCGCCCUCCCACACCACCACCAGUGCCACAACCAGCGACGGCGGUGCUGCUGGCGACCGCAGCGGCAGCGGCAGCGAGAGCACGGGUGGUGUGAGCCCGUGCUGCCUGGUGCGCAUGGGUUGGUGCCUGUCGCAGAUGGGCCUGCGGCCGGAGCCGGCCUGGCAGGCGGAGUACCAUGCCGCGCUGCUGCCGGUGCUGCCGGCCCUGGACCUGGAGGCCUUGAGCCUGGCGGCCACGUCGGUGCUGGCGCUGCGCAGCCGGCCCGGGGCCGAGUGGCUUGAGGGCUGGAUGCGAGCGGCUCUGGGGCGCAUGGAGGCGCCGGGCGUGGCGGCGGCGGAGCUGGACGGCGCGAGCGCGGCGCGGCUGGUGCACUUCGCGGCGGCAGCGGAGGCGCCCGUCACGCGCGACUGGAUGCAGUCCUUCUUCCUGCACACGCUGCACCUAGUGGAGGCCAGCCCAGCCCCACUCGCACCAGCGAGCAGCACCACUACCGCGCCUGGCACCUCUGCUGGGGCCGCUGGCGCCGCGGCCGGCCGCCGCUCCGCCUUCACCGCCGACCAGUUGGCGCUGACGCUGCGCGGCCUGGCGGCGCUGGGCUACCGCCCGCCGCAGCCGUGGCUGGAGGCGGCGCUGGAGGCGCUCAGGCGCGCCGCCGCAGCAGCCGUUGCUACUGCCGACAGCGUCAGUGGCAACAGCAGUGGCGGCAGCAGCAGCAGCCUGAGCCCGGCCUGCUACCCAGUGGCCCUGGCGGCGCUGGGCCGCCUGGCGCCCGACGUGGCGGCGGAGCUGGGGCCGGGCACUGUGGUGGAGACGCUGGUGCGGGCGGCGCACGAGCAGCGCGAGCGCUUCAGCGAGCUGGAGCUGACGUGGCUGCUGGAGACGCUGGAGCAGUCGUACAGCGGGUACCGGCUGCCGCCGGCGGCCGCCGCCAAUCUGGCAGCGGUGCUGCGGCGGCGGCAGGCGGGCGACGCGGGGGAGAGCGGCGGUGCUUCUGGCGACCGGGGCGAGGGCGAGGGCGAGGGGCGGGGCGAGAGCGAUGUGGCGGGAUCGCUGGCGGAUGCUGUCAGCACCGCGUGGCUGGCGUGGUAACGAUCACGAGGUAGGCAAGGAAGGGAAGGGCGGCGCUAAGGACAAUACGUGGUUGAGGGCAGUGUGGAGGCGUCUUGGGAGGCGUUCACGCAGGAGUGAACGGCAGGUGGUGCGAUGAAAGGUGGGAGAAAUAGGGGACGAAUCAGCCGCGCUAGAAGCUGCAGCCACCAGCACGAUGAACGGGCGUCGCAUACUCGGGCACACAGCUGCCUGUCUGACAAAAGGGCGAUGCGCAACUUCUGGGGUGAUGUGGAUGUGGAAAUACUUUGCCACAAACCAGCAUUUGUUCAGAAAUGCGCCCUGCGCCGUGGCCCGCCCGGCCAAACCGCCACAGAAGCCUGCACAGUGGCACGAAUUUGCGAACUUCCCGUGUUUACAUGUUGAUAGAGGUCACUGAAAGCAGCUCGUUUGACACCAUCCUGGUAGACUAGAGGUGUUAAGGGGGGGUGUACGGCACGGCCGGUCGUCGGUCAGAUGGCGGGGCUCCAGGGAGUUUUGCAGGGUGGGGUCUGGAACUCUGGUUCGUAACAUCCCUCUGCGUCAAGUGUGGUAUGCAAAUGAGCCUAGCUUCGUUGAUUGGCCCAUAUGUAGCCGUGUAGCCGCCCUAGGGUGUCGUAUGGUGCGUAUGUGUGGGCCCCUGGCCCCGUACGACUGGUGAUACGUCGGCCGCGCGCUGGAUGCUGUGUUGGGGCCACGUAUCUUCAAAUAGGGGCCACUCGAGUGGUGUGUCGGGGCAGCUUGCAAAGCUGGUGCGGCUGGCGCAGCAGUGGGCAGGUGCAAGGGCAGGUGCCAUGCAAGCGGUCGCAUCAGGUCACAAUCGAGACGGAGCAGAGGCAGCAGGAACAAUCCCGUUGCGAGGCUGUCGAAAAGUUUACAGCAAUCUACUGCAGAGUAUUAAUCGCGUAAACGAAGUAACGCGCUCCAACUGUAUUUUCGACUU